AGCCCCGCGGAGCCGGGUUGGGCAGCCCGGGAGGCGUCUCCUCCGCAGCCCCCGCCCCCCCGCGCCGGUGCUGAACGCCUCGGCCGCUCCCCGGCAGCACCCCCGGGACAGCAGCACCCGGGCCUCCCUCCCUGCCGCCCGGCCCGGGCUCUCCCGCCGCUACGCCGCUGCAGAGGACACCUCAUGGAAAAUAAAUAAAUUAAUUCCCCCACUCACCCCCGCGGCCGGGAGACGAGCCGGCGGCGGCCGCGGGAUUAGAUCCAGUCCGAGCUAGAGACCAGUCUAAUUGGAGGAGAGACAGAGACCAAAAAUGCCACCUGCAACAGGAGCGCCAGAUUACCCACCUCCUGACGGAGGCUGGGGAUGGGUUGUGGUCUUUGGGGCUUUUAUCUCUAUUGGAUUUUCCUAUGCCUUCCCCAAAGCCAUCACAGUGUUCUUCAAAGAAAUACAAGAGAUCUUCCACACAUCAUAUAGUGAGAUAGCUUGGAUAUCAUCAAUAAUGCUUGCUGUCAUGUAUGCAGGAGGUCCCAUAAGCAGCAUUUUGGUGAAUAAGUAUGGUAGUCGGCCUGUGAUGAUAGCAGGGGGUAUCCUCUGUUCUUUUGGAAUGAUUGCAUCCUCUUUCUGCAAUAGUGUCCUUGAGCUGUAUAUAUGUAUCGGUGUGGUUGGAGGUCUGGGUUUAGCAUUCAACUUACAGCCUGCCUUGACCAUGAUUGGCAAGUAUUUCUAUAAGAAGCGUCCCAUCGCUAAUGGAUUGGCAAUGGCUGGAAGUCCAGUGUUUCUGAGCACAUUGGCACCUCUCAAUCAAUUCCUCUUUAAUGCUUUUGGCUGGAAAGGAAGCUUUCUUAUUCUGGGAGGACUUCUUUUGAACUGCUGUGUGGCUGGGUCACUAAUGAGACCUGUUGGACCAAAAAAAGUCCCUCCUGUGAAAAAAGAUGUUGAAAAAGGCACAGGAGAUUCUGCCUUGCACAAAAACAGCAAGAAGUCUUGUUGGCAAACUAUGAAUAAGUAUCUAGAUCUGUCCCUUUUCAAACACAGAGGGUUUCUGAUAUAUUUGUCAGGAAAUGUCAUUAUGUUUAUUGGUUUCUUUGCUCCAAUAGUAUUCUUGGCUCCUUAUGCCAAGCACAAGGGAAUUGAUGAAUAUUCUGCUGCUUUUUUGCUCUCUAUCUUAGCCUUUGUAGACAUGUUUGCUAGGCCUUCCAUGGGACUUGUAGCAAACUCCAGGUUUAUCCGGCCAAAGAUUCAGUAUUUUUUUAGUUUUGCUGUCUUGUACAAUGGAGUCUGUCAUAUCUUGUGCCCUCUGGCAGAAAAUUACACUGGCUUGGUGAUAUAUGCUGUAUUUUUUGGGUUUGCAUUUGGAAUGGUUAGCAGCGUUCUUUUUGAGACCUUGAUGGAUCUUGUUGGAGCUUCCAGAUUUUCCAGUGCGGUGGGACUUGUCACCAUUGUGGAAUGUUGCCCUGUGCUCAUAGGCCCUCCUCUAGGAGGUUGGUUAGUAGAUGUUACUGGGGAAUACAAGUACAUGUAUUUUGUCUGCGGAGUGAUUGUGACUGUGGCCAGUAUCUGGUUGUUCAUUGGCAAUGCCAUCAACUACAGGCUUUUGGCAAAAGAAAAGAAGUUAGAAGAUGAGAAGCAGAAAGCACAGAAGAACGCUGACCCAAAGGAAGCAGAACCAUUAACAAACAAUGAGAAUGAAGAUGCUUCCAGCAGAGCUGAUAAAGCUCCUGAAGAUCCAUCAGAAAGAGAAACCAAUAUUUAAUCUGAAAUAUAGCUAAGAAGGCAAUAUUUAUGACUUCCAUUAGGAAUAUGUCUUCAAGACACAGGCCAGGUUUUGUGGUAAAAAUGAUCAGUCACAAUAUUGGAUGGGAACAGAUUUUUGCCCUAUGGCAAGACUCAAAGCUAAAUUACUAUCUACAGUUUAUUUGUUUCAGAGAUACAAAAUUAUGAUUACAGAGAUAGUGACUCAAUGCAAAUGAGUCCAUUGAAUUUUGACUCUGGACAAUCAAGAGUCAGAUAAAACAUGCUAUAAAGCCUUCCAAUGACAAACAGUUUUGUUUCAGAAGUGUAUCUAGUGCAAGAGUAUCUCCUACUCUUAUUUGGGAAGAUACUUGCAUUCACCUUUAUGAUGUGGUUAAAGUCUUUUGAAAUAAUCUGUCCAAAUUCUACUUGCCAUUAAUAUUAAAGAGAACAUAAAGUCAAAGAUUUGUUUCAAAAGAGACAUUAUACCUGACUGUAGCACACUGAAACAUUCUUCUCUUUUGUACACCCACUAGAUAAAAAAUAUGGCUGCAUAAGCAAUUAUGGAUAUAAAAGUUAAGUGUAGGAGACAAAUAAUUGGUGAACACCCCUCUAAAAUGCAAUAAAAAGCUGAUUUAUAAUAUAUUCCAGAAGUAGUUUCCUCCAGUGAUAGCUGAUUACAUAGUACUUCAAUAUAUACAUUUGAAUUCAAAGUAUGUUCAUACCUUGCUAAUUCAAACUAGCUAAAAUCUGCCUGUACAUAAAAGGUUUAAACCCAAGUUUUACAUUUCUAACAAGAGUGGCAAUCAGUUUGUUUGCCUAUGUAUUCCUGUGUAGCUGAAGGAUCUGGAUCAGACUGUGAAGCCAUUUUCCUAAAGGGACUAGAUUCAUAAUCUGCUGAUGUUAAAAGGAUACUAACGCUUGGCUUUUGUGGCCUUAAUGAGUUUCAUGACAAUGACUUCAAAGUAGAUGUUUGGCUUUAUUGACAAGUCGUUAGUUGUUUGAUGAUGUCUUGAGAGAAGAUUUAAGAUCUAACUUCUGAUCUUUGCAGAUGGGUAGCUUCCCAGUUCCCACUUCCCUUUCCCAGGAAUUUAGUGAAAAGCUACUUCUUUUUUUGUAGUGCUGCUUUGAGCAAAAGUGCUGCAAGGCACCUUGACAAUGCCAGUCUGGAAGCUUUGUAUUGACGCACUAGUUUUAUGCAGGAUGUUUAGUCUUGUGUCUACAAUUUCAUGCAGACCAUCAUAUAAAUUAAAAUGUACACAAUUGUUCCCCUUCCUUUAGACAAAACAAGGCAUAAACCUACAAUUUUACUUUACACAAAUCGUUUAGUACUGCUUUGAAAGUUAAAAGUGCAAGCUUCUGAAGAUAAUAUGUGAAAUUAUUUCUGUUCUAUUUCUAGGUAAGGAAAGGUGCUAUUCAUUUUGGAGGGAUGCUUAUAAACACCUCAAAAAUUGUGAAAAUUAAGGGUCUGAUUCAUAAAAUAUUUAUGCUCUGUUUAUGCAGGAUACACCUACACUCAAUUCCAGGAAAAGAAAAUUAUUCAUUUUAGUCCUCUUCUAAAUCUCAAAAAGUUGGAAAUAUAUUGGACAGAGAGCUAACUGUGAUAAACACACUUUGAAGUGCCAAUAAUUAAAUUAAAAACUCAAUAGUAAAAUCUAGUAGAUAUGGGAGGGCUUUUAAGAAAGUAAUUUCUUUAUAUUAUUAUGUUCAAAAUUAUUUUAAUUUUUCUUCUAAAAAUAUGGAUAGUGCUUGCUUCUGUUUUACUGGUUUAUCAUUUUAUAAAGUUCCACAAUAAUGCUGAGUUUUUAAAAUUUUCUCAUCACUGUUUUGGGGAGAAAUAUGAAUCUACUCUCAUCAUGGUACAGAAUUAAGUACCUACUUUUUGCCUAGUUAUAUUCAGGAAAACCAAACUUCUCCAACAAAUCCUAUAAAUUUUUAGGAGCAUCAGAAUCAAAAUAUGUGCAUUUCAGAGUUUUGGGAUAAAAUAUGGGUUGCAUGUUCAGACUCAAGCUGUGUACUUUGUAAAGAGGAAUGAUUCAGUCCCAGUAAAAUUACAGUUCCUCUCCCAAGCCCCAGCUUCAGAGAGGAAGUAAAUACAUUGCACCUCCAUCCAAACCUUAGCCUUGCCAGAACCCCAUGACAUGAAGCAUUGCUCUCUUUAUGGCUGUACAAACAUACUGAGUGAAUUCCAGGAGCUGUGAAGGCCUUGUGUGCCCGUAGCCAGAAAGGGAUGAGUUUCAUAGAUACUAAGCUUUCAUACAGUGAGGAUUAUCAGUUAUAAAUACUGGAUUAUGAAAGAUGAACUGAAAUUUUAGCUGAAGAGUGCUCAUCAAGAACAUCACUCUGCUCUCGAUAGCCACUGAUAGAAAUGCAGAGAUUAUUUGAAAAGAGAUUAAUACAGGAACUGAACCAAAAUGUCUGAGGUAAAAUUGUAGGUGCUUAUUGUUAUCUCUUUGCAAUAAAGGAGCAUGAUUAAGAAUAAGGGUAGAAUACAAGAAGUGUCAGCUUUUGACUGAAGGCUGUUGAAAGUUGCUGUUGAGUAAAUAAAGGAUUCAGAAAAAUGAUGAUAAAAAAAAGUCUCUCAGGAAAUAUGCAGGCAACUUGCCUGUUCUAUGCAGGAUCUCAGAAUACAAAACAACAUAGGAAAUAAGGGAAAAACAAAGUUCCUUGAGCCACAGACACAUCUGACCACUAGUUGCAAAAAUUAUCUCACUAUCUCAGAGGAAAUAAAAAUUUCUGUAAACACUCUACAGAGAUGCUACUCUUUCAUCUCUGGUCCAUUAUGUUAAAAGUUAAUAGGAGUGCAAGAGCUGCUUUACCACCACUCAACAAUGUGCAGUUUUUAAACCCAUAAGGCAAAAUGAUGUGGCAGGCAACUAGAGUGAUAUAAAGUAGGAAGAGCCAAGUUAAACAUUUCCUUACACCUCUUUCAUUACUCUUUCUCUUAAUAAUAGCAACAAAAUAAAACCCAUCAGCAUACUCUUGAUAUUACUGAAUAGUAAAGAAGUUAAAACCCAGAAAUGAGUGAAGAAAAUUGGAACUGUAUCUAUGCAAAAACUGCCUCAAAUUAAAAACCUGUGUCUUCCAAAUGACAGGUCCUAAAGGGGCAAUUGCCUAGUACAGGUAGCUCUUAUUCCUAAAAGUAGUGAUAAUAAUAAAUUGCCUUGAAUCAACUUUAUUCUGAACCUCAAGUAGCAAAAUGAGUAUAACUUGCCUUCAAACUCCUGAAUAUCACUCCUACUUGCACUGACCUGUAAUUUGUACUGUAAAUCAUUUCAUUGCUACAUUUCUGCUUUUGAGAUUAGACCUGGGUAUAUACAUAAUUUCUCUGAAUUGCUCUGGUUUCUCUUAAUUACCUCACCCUCAGUUUGAACCACUGAAGGGUCAGUACUAACACAUUCCCCUGAUCAGUGAUGAAGAAAUUUACCCCAACUUUCUAGCACAUGCGUCUCUUAUGCGCUCUAAGAAUCUGUAGUCUCAGUCAGCACAAGCAAAUCCGUAAUUGGUCUUGUUUUCCUUUAUACUCAUGUGUACUUCAUUCUUUUAAUUUCUCUGGUACAGUAUUGCUAAGCCUGAUUGCCCUUUUUCUCUUCUAGAAAAUAUAAUGUGAAAAUUUUAAAAGUAGUAAGAAGGUGGAUAGCAUCAAUAAUAUUUUCCCCAAUUUCAUAUCAGGGUUAAAUUUCAAGUUGUUUUGAAUACAUAUCCAGAUACUUCUCUCUCUUUUGGGUUUUUUUAUGUCAUAUACUCUAUUAGCUGGAGAAUUCUCCUGUAUUACCCUUUUCAACUCCAGAGAAAGACUCUUCACUAAUAAUUCUCAGUACUAUUUCAGGAGCGUAUCAAAAUUUCACCCCUCCUAUCUCUCCCCAUUGAACUGUGGUUGCAAUUGUUGUUAAUUCUGUAUUUCCAUGAAGUUCAGAAAUGCAUCUUUUUGUAUGAAAGACUACAAUGCUUUUAUUUCAGGAGUGUGUUUUGUGAACUGCUUUGACAGGGCUAGGGAAAAUCUUACUUUAUCUUCAAAUAGAUUUUUUUAAGUGACGCUGUCCUUAUUGAGAGGAGGUACAGCUUCACUUAUGCUGAAGUGAAUGGCAGCAAUUUCACUGAUUCACAUCAAUGCAAAAUUCACAUGAGUUUUAAUGGUCGUGUUACAUAUGAGCAUCCACUGUGCUUAAAAAGCAUUUGGCAAUGUGCACAUGAUUGUUCCUCCCAGAGAAUUCUCAUUCCUUUUAAACAUUCCCCACCUCCACCACCCCAUACUUUGUUUUGAUGUAACAAAAAAUUUGGACUGGGGAUGUAGCGACUUAUCCUUAAAUAUUUCUUGGGUUUUUUUCCUGUAAUGACACAUUUUCUGUGUUGCCAAAUGCAACAUUUUUCACUUCCUUCUUUCAUGUCUGGCUGUGAAUAUUAAUGGAGAGAUAUUACUGGGAUACAUAAGUUAAAGAUACUAUAUGCAGCCAGAUUUUGGACUGCUAUCAGGAUUUCACUAAACAAAGCCAGUCACCACUUUUAUAGAUGAACAUGUUAUAAAUGACACCGACAAUUUUGCCUAUAACAAAAUUGAAUCAGGCAAUUUUUGUUAGUUUCUCUAUAGAUGACUAUUUUUCUACUCAUAGAGAGGAAUAUAAAGGGAAUUUUAAAAUAAUUAUUUUCAGAGAUGGCUUACCAGUUUUAAAAAGGCUGUUUGGAAUUUUUUUGGGGGUGGGUGCACUUCUGAUAUUUGUGCAAAUAUAUAUAAAAUGAAAGUGCUUGCAUGUACUAUCACAUUUUUGAUGAGAAUUUGCAUAAGCAUUGCUGUGUGAUUUCAACAUAAUUUGCAUGUUGUAGUUUUGCAGUUCAAAUUUUUCUCAUCAUCUACCUCUCAGCUGAAGUUUGGAGACUUGCACAACCCUGGAAGAAUAGAGUUAAAAAAAUGCAUAAUGGUAAAACCUGUACAGACUAUUAGAAAGUCUCCCAAAUAUUUAAAGCUGCUUACAUUUCUGUUUUCAAGGCAGGGCAUAUCUGUGUCCACAUCUUUGUAUCAGUUCACAUAUCUUUAAUCUUAAUCCUUACCUGUGAAUUUUUUGCAUCACUGAUCUGGUUUAAAAACUCAGUGUGUCAUUUAGCUAUCGAAAGUGUAAUGAUUUUUCUGUGAGAUGCUGGCCCACUAUUCCUUUUUGUUUUCUUACGAUUUCUGAGUUAGGGAAAGUAACAAAGUUAAUAUAUCCAAACAGUUUAUAAAACUAUUACAGAACAUUUUGCAUCCAUGAAAAAUAAAAUGUGUUUAGAAAUAAUAGCAAAUUUUAGCUUGCUUUUCCUUUAAUAGGGCAGUUGAAGGAAGUAGUCACAAAAUAUUAGAUUGGGGUCAAGGAAUGAUAAUUAUUCUUCAUGUGCUCUUUACAAAACCAGAGAUGAUUGUUCCUUCAAAGAUAUUCUUCAAACUAUUCUUGCCUUCUAGGACCUAGUACAUAUUCCACUAAAGCCAAAACAAAAAUACCAAUCAAAGAACUUUACUAGACAUUGGAGGUGAUGUGGCUUCAGUGGAGACUUCAGCCUUAUUUUCUCCAUUACAAAUCUCAGGACCAUCAGAUAUAACACAUUAAACACAGGAUUUGUUACAGCUGGCAAAUUUUCUAUGCCUGCAUAAUAUUCCCAAUGAAUCAGUCCCUAAAUUAACGCACAACAUGUAUUAUUUUAAUAGCCUAUGUAAAUAAAUUUUUUAAAAAUCCCACCAUACACUCUGAAUGUAGAUUAUAAAAUACAGAGGAUAUAUUUGAAUAAGUAUCCAAACAAGUCUGUUAACCCCAAAGGAAAUUAUUUAUUUCCGUUCAAGCCUUCUUUGAGCAGUUUAUAACCUUCAUUUUCCUUAUUUCCAGAGAAAAUGGUUUAUGUCGUCUGUGAAUGUAUAUAUGGACAUAUAUAAGGGAAUAUAUAUGCAGAUGUGGUAUGUGUAUAUAUGUAUUCCCCUAUAUAUAAAACUCUAAUUUAUAUAUAUUAUAUAUAUUUAUGUAUAUAUAAAAUAUAUAUAAUAUUUUAGAGUAAGUUGCAUGUUGUGCCUGAUAAAUGAAACACAAUUGUAAGCAAAUAAAAAACUUCCACAAAUGGCAGAAAAAUUUGAAGCUUUUUUGUAAGAGCACAUGCUAUUUUUCAGUUUCUGCUAGAUUUAUUUAUAGUAGAAAUUAAUUCAAAAAGCUGCAGUAUUACGUAACACUGGUUUCCAACCGUGACAGUUCAAAGCAGCCUAAGAUCACUGAGAAUGUUCAUUGACAUAGAUGGCAAAACCUACAUUGUUGGUGAACUUGUUGGUGGGGUGUCAUUGCUGUGGAAAUAAUAACUAAAUGAUCUCUGAUCAGACAGCAACCAAUAUACUGAGUUUUCAGCUGAUGUGAUAUGUAUGACCAGUUCAUACAAAAUAUUGGUGGACAUGAUAUUUUUUGUAACAAGUAUGGAAAGUGAGAAUACUCAAGCCCCUGCAAACAAUAUUCCUGUUAGAUUAAUAUGUGAAAUACUCCAGAACAUUAGUAAUUAAAAACACUGACAAUAUAUCAUACCUUUUACAGAUUUUGGUGGUUUUAAUUUGUCUGCGAGUAGGCAAGCCUAUGAAAAGUCUACAUUUGGCUCUCACUCUUUAAAAAAGUUAUACUUUAAAAUUACUGGGAGAUUUUUCAGAGUAGUACAUAAGUCAUUUGCAUAAAUUCCCUUCCUUGAAGAGUGAUACAGCUGCAUUUUCCACUUACAGCCUACUUGGAAAGUUCACCAUAUCUGCAGUUUAUCAACAGAACCUGGUAUUGCUAUGCAAUAAUUAAACGUGCAGUAACCAUUGUUGUUGACUAAUAAAGUUGUUUCUUCCUUUCUGUAUUUUGCAAUACUGUAUGGUUUUUACUUGAAUAUAUUGGCUAGAUUUUUUUUUGACAAUCAUUUAUUAGCUAGAGGUGCUAUUUAUGUUCCAAAGAGAUAUGAGUGAAUGAUAACUUUCUAGAUGCCAAAUCCUUUUUUGACCUGACAAAAUUCAUUGUUCAUAAUGUAUAUUAACCCUGUAAAGUGCUUAUGCAUUGCAUUAAAUUGUAUUUAAAUCCAUUUUUGUUCAUUAACUUCUACUCCAGGCCUGUACUACUGUGUAAUAUGUCAAGUUUGUCCAUAUAUAUUUAUGGGAAAUUACAAUGAAAAUUGUGUAUAAUAAGCAAUUGGGAGAAAAAAAGAAAAAUGAAAAUAAAAU